GCCACACCCAGGACUUGUUUCUCCUUGUCUGGGAGAGGCAACUUCUCUGCCUCUGAAGGAACUUGUUUGGCCUCUCCAACCCGGACUGGGAGAGUUGGCAAGUUAGCACCACGUGUCUGUCUCGCAAAUGGCUGGCGUAGAAGCAUAACCCGUCUUCACUCUUCGGAUCUGUGCUUGGUUCUUCGCUUGCACCCUGGGACUCGCGAUCGUCAUGCGGUGCUGUGCGCCGCGGGAGGAACUGAUCACCCGCACAGCCUGGAUCUCACUGCAUUUUGGACAUGACUGAGCCUUUUCAAUGGGCCAGAUAUCACUGGCAGCGGCUGAUGGGCAGUACAAAUCGGGACGAUGACGAGAGGCCAUACAGCUACUCCUCGCUGCUUGCCUGUGGGGGCAAGUCCUCUCAGACCCCGAGACUGGCAGGAAGGCACCGGGUUGUUGUUCCCCACCUCCAGCCCUUCAAGGAAGAGUAUGAAAAGUUCUGUGCAACCUACGUAAAUAACCGAAUACGAACAACAAAGUACACACUUCUGAAUUUUGUGCCAAGAAAUUUAUUUGAACAAUUUCACAGAGCUGCCAAUUUGUAUUUCCUGUUCCUAGUCGUCCUGAACUGGGUGCCUUUGGUAGAAGCCUUCCAAAAGGAAAUUACGAUGCUGCCUCUGGUGGUGGUCCUUACAAUUAUUGCAAUUAAAGAUGGCUUGGAGGAUUACCGAAAAUACAAAAUUGACAAACAGAUCAACAACUUGGUAACUAAAGUCUACAGUAGGAAAGAGAAAAAAUACCUUGAUCGAUGCUGGAAAGAUGUUACUGUUGGGGAUUUUAUUCGCCUUUCCUGUAACGAGGUCAUUCCUGCAGAUAUGGUCUUACUCUUUUCCACGGAUCCAGAUGGAAUCUGUCAUAUUGAGACUUCUGGUCUUGACGGAGAGAGCAAUUUAAAACAGAGGCAGGUGGUUCGAGGAUAUGCAGAGCAGGACUCUGAAGUUGAUCCUGAGAAAUUCUCCAGUAGGAUAGAAUGUGAAAGUCCAAACAAUGACCUCAACAGAUUUCGAGGCUUCCUAGAACAUUCCAACAAAGAACGUGUGGGUCUCAGUAAAGAAAAUUUAUUGCUUAGAGGAUGCACCAUUAGAAACACAGAGGCUGUCGUGGGCAUUGUGGUUUAUGCAGGCCAUGAAACCAAAGCAAUGCUGAACAACAGCGGUCCCAGGUAUAAACGCAGCAAAUUAGAAAGAAGAGCAAAUACAGAUGUCCUCUGGUGUGUUCUGCUUUUGGUUAUUAUGUGUUUAACUGGUGCACUGGGUCAUGGAAUCUGGUUGAGUAGAUACAAAAACAUACCCUUUUUUCAUAUUCCUGAGCCUGAUGGACGUGUCAUAUCACCAGUGUUGGCAGGAUUCUAUAUGUUUUGGACCAUGAUCAUUUUGUUACAGGUCCUGAUUCCCAUUUCUCUCUAUGUUUCUAUUGAAAUUGUGAAGCUUGGACAAAUAUAUUUUAUUCAAAGUGAUGUGGAUUUCUACAAUGAGAAAAUGGACUCUACUGUUCAGUGCCGAGCCCUGAAUAUCACCGAGGAUCUUGGACAGAUUCAGUACCUCUUUUCUGAUAAGACAGGAACCCUCACAGAGAAUAAGAUGGUUUUUCGAAGAUGCAGUGUGGCAGGCUUUGAUUAUGGUCAUGAAGAAAAUGCCAAGAGGUUAGAGUCCUAUCAGGAAGCUGUCUCUGAAGAUGAGGAUUUUGCAGACACUCCCGAUGGCUCUCUCAGCAAUAUGGCAAGACCGAGGGCCCCCAGCUGCAGGACGGUUCAUAAUGGGCCUUUGGGAAGUAAAUCCUCGAGUCAUCUGGCUGGGAGCUGUUCGGCUCUGGGAAGUGGAGAAGGAGCCAGCGAAGUGCCUCGUUCCAGACAGGCUGCUUUCAGUAGCCCCAUUGAAACAGAUGUGGUACCAGACACCAGGCUUUUGGACAAAUUUAGUCAGAUUACACCUCAGCUCUUCAUCCCGCUAGAUGAGUCUGUCCCAAAGCCACCGUCAGAAACUCUCUACAUCAUCGACUUCUUCAUUGCCUUGGCGAUUUGCAACACAGUAGUGGUUUCUGCCCCUAACCAACCAAGACAAAAGAUCAGACUCUCUUCGCUAAGUGGAAUGCCCAUUAAGUCUUUGGAAGAGAUUAAAAAUCUUUUUCAGAGAUUGUCUGUCCGAAGAUCGAGUUCACCAUCUCUUGCCAGUGGGAAAGAGCCCUCGUCUGGGGUCCCCAGUGCCUUUGUGAGCAGACUCCCUCUCUUCAGCCGAAUGAAACUGGCUUCCCCCGUGGAGGAAGAGGUCUCCCAUGCUGGCGAGAGCCCUCAGGGCUCUGGUAGCGCAGCCUGCCCUACAGAAGCAGAGAAACAAAACGGUGAUGCAGGCGUCACCAGUGUCCAGGCGGAUGCCCCCGCCGGACAGCCCGUGGCCUCCCACCUGUGUUACGAGGCCGAGAGCCCAGACGAAGCGGCGCUGGUGUAUGCCGCCAGGGCUUACCAAUGCACUUUACAGUCCCGGACACCAGAGCAGGUCAUGGUGGACUUUGCUGCUUUGGGACCAUUAACAUUUCAACUUCUGCACAUCCUGCCCUUCGACUCAGUAAGAAAAAGAAUGUCCGUUGUGGUCCGACACCCCCUGUCCAACCAAGUUGUGGUGUAUACGAAGGGUGCGGAUUCUGUAAUCAUGGAAUUGCUCUCCGAAGCUUCCCCAGAUGGAGCCAGUCUGGAAAAACAGCAGGUGCUAAUAAGGGAGAAAACCCAGAAGCACUUGGACGACUAUGCCAAGCGAGGCCUACGCACUUUAUGUAUAGCAAAGAAGGUCAUGAGUGACACUGAAUAUGCAGAGUGGCUGAGGAAUCAUUUUUUAGCUGAAACCAGCAUUGACAACAGGGAAGAGUUACUACUUGAAUCUGCCAUGAAGUUGGAAAACCAACUAACCUUACUUGGUGCUACGGGCAUUGAAGACCGUCUGCAGGAGGGAGUCCCCGAGUCUGUAGAAGCCCUUCACAAAGCCGGCAUCAAGAUCUGGAUGCUGACGGGGGACAAGCAGGAGACAGCUGUCAACAUCGCUUACGCGUGCAAACUGCUGGAGCCAGAGGACAAGCUCUUUAUCCUCAAUACCCAAAGUAAAGAUGCCUGCGAGAUGCUGAUGGGCACAAUUCUGAAAGAACUUCAGAAGAACCCAGCCUCUCCAGAGCAAGCAUCAUUACGGGAGGGCAUCCCCCCGCCUCCCGCCCCCCACGACUGCAGGCUGCGGGCCGGACUCAUUAUCACGGGGAAGGCCCUGGAGUUUGCCCUGCAGGAGAGUCUGCAGAAGCAGUUCCUGGAGCUGACUGCCUGCUGCCAAGCGGUGGUCUGCUGCCGAGCCACGCCCCUGCAGAAAAGCGAGGUGGUGAAAUUGGUGCGCAACCACCUGCGGGUGAUGACCCUGGCCAUUGGUGAUGGAGCCAAUGACGUUAGCAUGAUACAAGUGGCAGACAUUGGGAUAGGGAUCUCUGGUCAAGAGGGCAUGCAGGCUGUGAUGGCCAGUGACUUUGCCGUUUCUCAGUUUAAGCAUCUCAGCAAGCUCCUCCUUGUUCACGGGCACUGGUGUUACACACGGCUUUCCAACAUGAUUCUCUAUUUUUUCUACAAGAAUGUGGCCUAUGUGAACCUCCUUUUCUGGUACCAGUUCUUUUGUGGGUUUUCAGGAACAUCCAUGACUGACUACUGGGUUUUGAUCUUCUUCAACCUCAUUUUCACAUCUGCCCCUCCCGUCAUUUAUGGUGUUUUGGAGAAAGAUGUGUCUGCGGAGACCCUCCUGCAGUUGCCUGAACUUUACAAGAGUGGCCAGGAGUCAGAGGCAUAUUUACCUCUCACCUUCUGGAUCACCUUGUUGGAUGCCUUUUAUCAAAGCUUGGUCUGCUUCUUUGUGCCUUACUAUACCUACCAGGGCUCAGACAUUGACAUCUUCACGUUUGGAAACCCCCUGAACACAGUUGCUCUGUUCAUCAUUCUCCUUCACCUGGUCAUUGAAAGCAAGAGUUUGACUUGGAUCCACAUGCUGGUCAUCGUUGGUAGCAUCUUGACCUAUUUUGUCUUUGCCUUGGCUUUUGGAGCCACGUGUGUAACUUGCAACCCACCCGCCAACCCCUACUGGAUUAUGCAGGAGCACAUGCUGGAUCCGGUGUUCUACUUAGUUUGUGUCCUCACCACCUUUGUUGCCCUUCUGCCCAGGUUUACAUACCGAGUUCUUCAGGGAUCCCUGUUUCCAUCUCCACUUCUGAGGGCUCAGCACUUUGACAGACUGACUCCGGAGGAGAGGAUUGAAGCCUUUAAGAAGUGGAAAGGAACUAGAAAGAUGGCUCAUGUGACACCUAAGUAUGCUGACCACUCAGCAGCCAAGUCAGAGGGAAGAUCCACAUGUGGCCCCGCUGUCUUUGGAAUGAUGUCAGCACCAUCUUGUGCUGGUGAGCCAGGAAACUCAUCUGUCUGUGAAACUGUGUUAGACUCGGGCUAUUCUGAAACUAAGACCUCAGGGAUGGCUGAACCCUCAAAGGGUUAAGAAAGCAGGAUACAUUCUUUGGAGCUGCAAGUAUCCCUUCAACUUUGGAAGAGGGAAUUUGAAGAGGCACCUCUACCAAGCAAGAAUGACUUGGACCUUUUCUUCAGGGUCAUGAACAUUUUACUUGCUUGAAAAAGCCAAUGUGAUGUCCUUUAGUGUAUGUUUUACAUUUGACCUGGACUGAGUUUAGGUAGGUAAAAUAUUUAAUUCAGAGUCAAGUGCUUUUAUGAAACAUUUUGGUGUUGUAAAAGCAUUUUAAUGGUCUUAGACAUAUAAAUGUUUUCAAGGAGAUUCUUUUGAGAUAUACUUAUUUUGCUGAGAGAUCUCAGAUUCCAGAGAAAUGUUUGGAAUGAGCAGACUCCAAUCCGAUUUUUUUAAUUAAGAAAAAAAGCAAAGUAUUUUUAGAUUGAUUAGGUAGAAUUCCAAGAGUUCUACAUGGGAAAAAAAAUGUUAUAAAUGAUUAAUUUCCAGAGGAAAGAAUUCCAAAGCCUUUUAAACAACAAUGUACCUAAAAUAGGAUAACAGUGAUACUAUUUAAAAUAUAGUUAGUUAUUAUGAAUAGUAUUUUAUUUCCUAAGAGAAGAUGCCUUUGGGCUUCUGGCUGAAGAUGCUAGGCAUACCGCUCUGCUCAUCUCAGUGUUCCCCUGCGCUGGGAAGGGGCCGGGGGAGGCCAGGGUCUAUCAGGCAAUGGAAGCCAGCUUCAGUCGAAGGAAGACCUCUCUUGAGGUCUCCCUGUGUGCAGAUGGUAAUUGGGAAACAAAAGCCAUGGGUGAGAAAGGCAGAAGCAGCUGAGCCCAUGGCCCAUUUGGCAAUUUCCUGUAUUCUCACAUUGACAAUACUGAUCAGAAUGAGACAAUCAGUUUCAAAACACUUCAAGAGACCACUUGAGGAUUCAUAAUCCCUGCAAUACCAUACAACUUUUCAGGUGUUGUAACUUUUCAAAAUGAGGUAUGAAUUGACACUAACACAGGUGGUUCUCAGAAGGAUUCCAUGAGGUUCUUAGAAAAAUUUGUUUAUUAACACAUUUUAGAACAGGCAUAUCUAUAGCAGGUUAACUGCUGUUGCAGAUCAUGUAUACUGGUUUUAGUUGGAAAAAGAAAUAGUUUAUCCCAAGUAAGGCCAGCUGUUAUUAUAAGACUGUGUAUUCUCGUUAAGUUCUUUUAAAACUGUAUCUGUUCAUUUGAAAGUUGUCAGCCGCCAGUCACCUGGAAUUUCCUUCAUGAAAUCUCCUUGCUAUUGCUCUGUUUCUAUGUCAACAUUGUCUUAAUGGCAAUUAAACUAGAAAUAUUACUCUCAGGGCUUUAUCUUCUCCCUGCUGCCUACUGUCCUGGCCUGAUGUUUUUGGAGCCUUCAGAUAUUAUUGCAAAUCGUCUUUUAUAUAGACUUUCCAGAACAUGCAAAAUGUCACAUAGCUAAUGGAAGUUGCUCUCUGCUUCCUUAUAGUUCUUUUUUUUAAUAAACUGUUUAAUAAAUCAUGUGUACUGAAAAACUGU